AAGGGCGAGAGCGCCGUCUUCGUCGGCGGGUGUCUCCUCGGUCGUCGGACCGACAGCCCCCGGACGGAGGACGCGCCACGAGCUUUCCCCGCCGCCCAGGGAGUUAGUCCGGGCGAGCCGGCACCACCGCCCGCGGGACGGGCGCGGGGCGGGAUGUAGGGCUCCGAGCGCGGAGGCCGCGGGCGGGCUGGGGGAGCGCCGAGGGCGCGCCGAGGAUGGAGAGAGCGAUGGAGCAGCUCAAUCGCCUGACGCGCUCGCUGCGCCGCGCGCGCACCGUGGAGCUGCCCGAUGAUAAUGAAACUGCUGUUUAUACAUUAAUGCCAAUGGUAAUGGCUGAUCAACACAGGUCUGUUUCUGAACUACUAUCAAAUUCAAAGUUUGAUGUCAAUUAUGCAUUUGGACGUGUGAAAAGAAGCUUGCUUCACAUUGCAGCAAAUUGUGGAUCAGUGGAAUGCUUGGUUCUGCUUUUAAAGAAAGGAGCAAAUCCUAACUAUCAAGAUAUUUCGGGCUGUACACCUCUUCAUUUGGCAGCUAGAAAUGGGCAAAAGAAAUGCAUGAGUAAAUUAUUAGAAUACAGUGCUGAUGUCAACAUUUGUAAUAAUGAAGGUCUUACUGCAAUACACUGGCUGGCUGUGAAUGGGCGGACAGAACUACUCCAUGACCUUGUACAACACGUCAGUGACGUCGAUGUUGAGGAUGCGAUGGGGCAGACAGCACUGCAUGUGGCCUGCCAGAAUGGUCACAAGACGACAGUGCAGUGCUUGCUGGACAGUGGUGCUGAUAUUAACAGACCAAAUGUAUCAGGAGCCACUCCACUGUACUUUGCUUGCAGUCAUGGUCAGAGAGACACAGCACAGAUUCUUCUGUUGCGAGGAGCCAAGUAUCUGUCAGAUAAAAACGGAGUAACCCCUCUGGAUUUAUGUGUACAGGGUGGAUAUGGAGAGACCUGUGAAGUAUUAAUUCAGUAUCACCCUCGGCUUUUCCAGACAAUUAUUCAAAUGACACAGAAUGAAGAUCUCCGAGAAAACAUGUUACGGCAAGUUCUGGAGCAUUUGUCUCAGCAAAGUGAAAGCCAGUAUUUAAAGAUUCUAACAAGCCUUGCUGAAGUUGCCACAACAAAUGGUCAUAAAUUGCUUAGCAUAUCUAGUAAUUACGAUGCUCAAAUGAAGAGCCUUUUAAGGAUUGUGAGGAUAUUUUGUCAUGUCUUUCGUAUUGGUCCAUCCUCUCCCAGUAAUGGAAUUGAUAUGGGCUACAAUGGGAAUAAAACUCCAAGGAGCCAGGUGUUCAAGCCUCUUGAAUUGCUUUGGCACUCAUUAGACGAAUGGCUAGUUUUAAUAGCAACAGAAUUGAUGAAAAACAAAAAGGACUCAACGGAUAUCACUUCUAUUUUGCUGAAACAAAAAGGCCAAGAUCAAGAUGGUACUUCCAUUCCUCCAUUUGAACCUCCAGGACCUGGGAGCUAUGAAAAUCUGUCCACUGGCACAGGGGAAUCUAAACCAGAUGCUCUUGGAGGGAAACAGGAAGCCAGUGCAGACUGUCAGGAUGUUAUUUCUAUGACAGCUAACCGGCUAAGUGCUGUCAUUCAAGCUUUUUACAUGUGCUGUUCUUGUCAGAUGCCUCCAGGAAUGACUUCGCCCCGUUUCAUUGAAUUUGUCUGCAAACAUGAUGAAGUUUUAAAAUGCUUUGUUAACAGGAAUCCCAAGAUUAUAUUUGACCACUUUCACUUCCUUCUUGAAUGUCCUGAAUUGAUGUCAAGAUUCAUGCAUAUCAUAAAGUCACAGCCAUUUAAAGAUCGCUGUGAAUGGUUCUAUGAACAUCUGCAUUCAGGACAGCCAGAUUCAGACAUGGUGCACAGGCCAGUGAAUGAAAAUGAUAUCCUGCUGGUUCAUAGAGAUUCUAUUUUUAGGAGUAGCUGUGAAGUUGUGUCAAAAGCAAAUUGUGCAAAGCUAAAGCAAGGAAUUGCUGUACGGUUUCAUGGAGAAGAAGGCAUGGGUCAAGGUGUUGUCCGUGAGUGGUUUGAUAUUCUGUCUAAUGAGAUAGUCAAUCCUGAUUAUGCAUUGUUUACCCAGUCAGCUGAUGGGACAACUUUUCAACCCAAUAGCAACUCCUCUGUAAAUCCUGAUCACUUGAACUAUUUCCGGUUUGCUGGACAGAUCUUGGGAUUAGCUCUGAACCACAGGCAACUGGUGAACAUUUACUUCACGAGGUCAUUCUAUAAGCAUAUUCUUGGUAUUCCUGUGAAUUACCAAGAUGUGGCAUCCAUUGAUCCAGAAUAUGCCAAAAACUUGCAAUGGAUUUUAGAUAAUGAUAUUAGUGAUUUGGGUCUAGAAUUAACUUUUUCUGUUGAGACUGAUGUGUUUGGAGCAAUGGAAGAGGUGCCCUUGAAACCCGGGGGUGGAAGUAUUCUUGUAACACAAAAUAACAAAGCGGAGUACGUCCAGCUUGUCACUGAACUGCGAAUGACAAGAGCCAUUCAGCCUCAGAUCAAUGCUUUUUUACAGGGCUUUCAUAUGUUCAUUCCACCGUCCCUCAUACAACUUUUUGAUGAAUACGAAUUGGAGCUACUGCUUUCUGGCAUGCCAGAAAUUGAUGUGAGUGAUUGGAUAAAAAAUACAGAAUACACAAGUGGCUAUGAAAGAGAAGAUCCAGUUAUUCAGUGGUUCUGGGAAGUUGUGGAAGAUAUUACUCCAGAGGAGAGAGUUCUUCUCUUGCAGUUUGUUACUGGCAGCAGACGUGAAGAGAUACCUCAUGUCCAAGGUAAGAGAAACCCAAGCAAGACAGUAGGUGCUAAGAGAGGGCAUCAGAGGACGGAAACCACGAUCACAGACAACUAGCCAGUCUGAUCACAUGGACCACAGCCUUGUCUAACUCAACGUAAGCCAUGCCGUGUGGGGCCACCCAAGAUGGAUGGGUCAUGGUGAAGAGGUCUGACAGAAUGUGGUCCACUGGAGAAGGAAAUGGCAAACCACUUCAGUAUUCUUGCCUUGAGAACCCCAUGAACAGUAUGAAAAGGCAAAAAGACAGGACACUGAAAGAUGAACUCCCCAGGUCGGUAGGUGCCUAAUAUGCUACUGGAGAUCAGUAGAGAAAUAACUCCAGAAAGAAUGAAGGGAUGGAGCCAAAGCAACAACAACACCCAGUUGUGGAUGUGACUGGUGAUAGAAGCAAGGUCCAGUGCUGUAAAGAGCAGCAUUGCAUAGGAACCUGGAAUGUUAGGUCCAUGAAUCAAGGCAAAUUGGAAGUGGUCAAAUAGGAGAUAGCAAGAGCGAAUGUUGACAUUCUAUAGGAAUCAGUGAACUAAAAUGGACUGGAAUGGGUGAAUUUAGCUCAGAUGGCCAUUACAUCUACUACUGUGGGCCGGAAUCCCUAAAAAGAAAUGGAGUAGCCAUGAUAGUCAACAAAGAGUCCAAAAUGCAGUACUUGGAUGCAAUCUCCGAAAUGACAGAAUGAUCUCUGUUUGUUUCCAAGGCAAACCAUUCAAUGUCAUGGUAAUCCAAGUCUAUACCCCGACCAGUAAUGCUGAAGAAGCUGAACUUGAAUGGUUCUAUGAAGACCUACAAGGCCUUUUGGAACUAACACCCAAAAAAGAUGUCCUUUUCAUUAUAGGGGACUGGAAUGCAAAAGGAGGAAGUCAAGACACCCCUGGAAUAACAGGCAAGUUUGGCCUUGGAGUACAGAAUGAAGCAGGGCAAAGGCUAAAAGAGUUUUGCCAAGAGAACACACUGGUCACAGCAAACACCCUCUUCCAACAACACAAGAGAAGACUCUACACAUGGACAUCACCAGAUGGCCAACACCGAAAUCAGAUUGAUUAUAUUCUUUGCAGCCAAAGAUGGAGAAGCUCUAUGUAGUCAGCAAAAAUAAGACCAGGAACUGACUGUGGCUCAGAUCAUGCACUCCUUAUUGCCAAAUUCAGACUAAAAUUGAAGAAAGUAGAGAAAACCACUAGACCAUUCAGGUAUGACCUAGAUCAAAUCCCUUAAUGAUUAUACAGUGGAAGUGAGAAAUAGAUUUAAGGGACUAGAUCUGAUAGACAGAGUGCCUGAUGAACUAUGGGCAGAGGUUUGUGACAUUGUACAGGAGAUAGGGAUCAAGACCAUCCCUAAGAAAAAGAAAUUCAAAAAAGCAAAAUGGCUGUCUGAGGAGGCCUUACAAAUAGCUGUGAAAAGAAGAGAAGCGAAAAGCAAAGGAGAAAAGGAAAGAUAUUCCCAUUUGAAUGCAGAAUUCCAAAGAAGAGCAAGGAGAAAUAAGAAAGCCUUCCUCAGCGAUCAAUGCAAAGAAAUAGAGGAAAACAGUAGAAUGGGAAAGACUAGAGAUCUCUUCAAGAAAAUUAGAGAUUACAAGGGGACAUUUCAUGCAAAGAUGGGUUCAAUAAAGGACAGAAAUGGUAGGAACCUAACAGAAGCACAAGAUACUGAGAAGAGGUGGCAAGAAUACACAGAAGAACUCUACAGAAAAGAUCUUCAUGACCCAGAUAAUCACGAUGGUGUAAUCACUAACCUAGAGCCAGACAUCCUGGAAUGUGAAGUCAAGUGGGCCUUAGGAAACAUCACUACGAACAAAGCUAGUGUUGGUAAUGGAAUUCCAGGUGAGCUCUUUCAAAUCCUAAAAGAUAAUGCUGUGAAAGUGCUGUACUCAAUAUGCCAGCAAAUUUGGAAAACUCAGCAGUGGCCACAGGACUGGAAAAGGUCAGUUUUCAUUCCAGUCCCUAAGAAAGGCAAUGCCAAAGAAUGCUCAAACUACCGCACAAUUGCACUCAUCUUACAUGCUGGUAAAGUACUGCUCAAAAUUCUCCAAGCCAGGCUUCAACAAUACGUGAACCGUGAACUUUCAGAUGUUUAAGCUGGUUUUAGAAAAGGCAGAGGAACCAGAGAUCAAAUUGGCAACAGCUGCUGGAUCAUCAAAAAAGCAAGAGAGUUCCAGAAAAACAUCUACUUCUGCUUUAUUGACUAUGCCAAAGUCUUUAACUGUGUGGAUCACAAUAAACUGUGGAAAAUUCUGAAAGAGAUAGGAAUGCCAGACCACCUGACCUGACUCUUGAGAAACCUGUAUGCAGGUCAAGAAGCAACAGUUAGAACUGGACAUGGAACAACAGACUGGUUCCAAAUCGGGAAAGGAGUACGUCAAGGCUGUAUAUUGUCACCCUGCUUAUUUAACUUAUAUGCAGAGUACACUAUGAGAAACGCUGGGUUGGAAGAAGCACAAGCUGGAAUCAAGAUUGCCGGG